UUCACCAUGGACAAAAAAUUAGAAUUGGCACUGCAACAGUUAGAUAUGUCUGCAGUCGUUGUAUCGGGGCCGGGCGGCAGUGGAAAAACUGCACUAAUCCAUCGAGUUAUAAAGAACACUAAGUACAAGCUGGUAGACAUUGACACUAUCGAGGAGUACAAGACUUAUAGAAUAAGCAAGUCUCUGAUAUAUCUUCUUCGGGUUGGAGAAGGCGUGCGAAUCAAACCACACAAUUACAGAGGUAUUAUUUUUGAAACAGAGAAUCCGUAUUUCUACAGAAAGAUAGAAAAGUGUGUGCAUGUUAAAAUAUCUCCUCCUACAAUCCGGGCAAUUCGCAAGCACUGCCCAUCUGCUCAGAAAAAAACCACAAUGCACCGAAUUCUUCAGGCACAAAAACUCCCUCCAGAAAUUCACGAGGCUCUAUUAGAAACAGAAAGCAGCGAAGUCUCUUUCUUUCACAUUAUUGGUAAAAUACUCUACCAUAAAACAGAAGAAAUACCAAAAGAAGUAAUUUCUGCAGUAUGUGAGUCCCCCAUCAAAGUUCUUCUGUACUUACAUGAAAACAUUCCUGCGUUCACAAAUAAUAUUCAAUCCAUAGGAAAUAUACUUGAUAGAAUAUCAUCUGCAUCAAUCUCUCCAGAUCAGCUAUACCUUCUUAUAACCGAGAUCUGGAAACUAGAAAAGCGCCGUGUAAAUACAUUCUACAAUAUUAGAACUUCCCCGUAUAACAUGGAGUAAGUCUCCAGUUAUACCGCUUUGCUCAGUGUUCUUUGUAUAUAUUUGCGCUGUUCUUAAAUAGGAGCAUGAAGAUAUAAAUCUGCAUUUUGUCCUUAUUUUAUCCAGCCCAGUACUAAUUUAUUUUGGUAGUCCUAUUUGCUUCUGGU